AUGGACCUCGGAAUGUCAUCUAUGCAGGUGGAUGAUCCUCAAAGAGGAUUUAGUGUGCUUGGUGAUGGACCCCUUGAUAUGCGUAUGGAUCCUCAGAAAGCUUUGCGUCCCCCUCAAGAUAGGACCAUGGUUGUUGUGUGCCUUACUGAAGUUGCUCAGAACAUGGGUUUUUCUAUUGCAGACUAUGUGGAUCGAGUGAUGCCUCUGGUGCUUAAAGAGUUAUCGUCAUCUGAUGCAACAAAUAGAAGGAAUGCUGCAUUUUGUGUUGGGGAGUUAUGCAAAAAUGGUGGCAAUUCAGCUUUGAAAUACUUUGACAAUAUAUUACGUGGGCUUCGCCCCCUGUUUAGUGAGUCUGAGCCUGAUCAUGCAGUGAGGGAUAAUGUCGUUGGUGCUAUGGCAAAGAUGAUUAUGGUGCACCCUGAGUCUAUUCCUUUAAAUCAGGUCCUUCCUGUUUUCUUGAGAGUUCUUCCAUUAAAAGAAGACCACGAGGAGUCCAUGGCUGUCUAUAGAACAGUCAUAGUCUGGAGCUAA